AAGGGGCGGGACUCAGAGGCGCGCGCUGUAAUUCUUGCUGUACCUGUCCCGGUUGUUUUUGCCAUGGAGGAUAUUUAUGCCAAGUUUGUGUCUCAGAAAAUCAGCAAAACCCGCUGGCGACCGGUACCUCCGGGGAGCCUGCAGACCGCGGAUAUCUUCGCUGCGGGCUCUUGGGACAAUGAGGAAAAUUAUGUUUCACUGUGGGCUAUUGGAGAUUUUGGGAACUUGGACUCUGACGGAGGGUUUGAAGGAGACCAUCAGCUAUUGUGUGAUAUCAGACACCAUGGCGAUGUAAUGGAUUUACAAUUUUUUGACCAGGAAAGAAUUGUAGCUGCUUCUUCAACAGGAUGUGUAACAGUUUUCCUUCACCAUCCGAAUAACCAGACUCUGUCAGUCAGCCAGCAGUGGACAAGCGCUCACUACCACACAGGCCCAGGCAGUCCUUCCUGCAGCAGUGCACCGUGCACAGGUAUUGUGUGCAGUAACCCAGAAAUUGUCACCGUCGGAGAAGAUGGUCGGAUAAAUCUCUUCAGGGCCGAUCACAAGGAGGCAGUGAGAACCAUAGACAAUGCAGAUAGCAGUACACUCCAUGCUGUAACCUUCCUUCGAACUCCUGAGAUUCUUACAGUAAAUUCAAUUGGGCAGUUAAAAAUAUGGGAUUUCAGAAAACAAGGAAAUGAGCCCUCUCAGAUAUUAUCACUGACUGGUGAUCGAGUGCCCCUCCACUGUGUUGAUAGACAUCCCAACCAGCAGCAUGUUGUAGCUACUGGUGGCCAGGAUGGAAUGCUGAGUAUUUGGGAUGUUAGACAAGGCACUAUGCCUGUGUCUCUGCUGAAGGCUCAUGAAGCUGAAAUGUGGGAAGUUCACUUUCACCCAUCCAACCCAGAUCAUCUAUUUACUUGUUCUGAGGAUGGAUCCCUCUGGCACUGGGAUGCCUCCACGGACGUACCUGAAAAAUCAUCACUGUUUAACCAAGGAGGAAGAAAUAGUACUUUUUUGUCUCACAGCAUUAGUAACCAGGCUAAUGUUCACCAGUCUCUUAUAAGCUCCUGGCUCAGCACUGAUCCUGCAAAAGACCGUAUUGAAAUCACAAGCUUGCUUCCCAGCAGGACUUUGUCUGUGAACAGUUUGGAUGUUUUAGGUCCUUGUCUUGUUUGUGGAACUGAUUCAGAAGCCAUUUAUGUUACUAGACAACUUUUCUCAUGAAAAUACUGUAAUUACAAGAUUUCAGGCAUGCUCCCAUUCCAUUCAGCAGACUAACAUCCUUGCUCUGAGUGGGCCUUGAGUUGAUCUCACUCCUGGAAGACUAGCUCCUGGGGGGCACAUUUUUCAUGCACAGUGAGUGGCAAACUUGUCGUGCCCCUGCUCUCAUCUACAUUAUAUGCUGCCGAAAAGUUUGAAGGAUUCAUAUAUGUUGUUAGCACCCUCUCAGCUUCCAGCAGCAAUGCAUACAGUUUCCCUAGGUUGCUAUAGUAAAUAAUUGGUAGAGGGAGGGAGGCAGACGUGUAGAUUUAGAAUACUAACUUGGGCUGCAAACAAGUUUCAAGUUUCAAGCUUUGCUUUGACUUAAGAGUAUUUGUAACCAUGAGUAAAAGAAAAUACAUUCGGAUGGUGUUAUAUUUCUUAUCAAUUGAUGAAUUCUGCCAGAUUUAAUAAGAAACAUAAGCUUUAUGGAGUAUAAAUAAAAACCUAAUUUAUAAA